UCUCUCUCUCUCUCUCUCUCUCUCUCUAAGUCUCGUUUCCCCUGCUCUGGCCCGGGGCGUUUCACGAGAUCCGAGAGAGGAGGAAAAUAGCGGCGGAGGUGGCGAGGGGAAACGCGAGCAUGCAUUCGCGUCGGGAAACGCGCUUUCGUCGCCGCCGCCGCACACCAGCGAUUCUCGUUUCCCCGCUCCUCCAACCCUCCGUCCCCGUCCCCUCCUUCCUCUUCAUCCCCACCUAAUCCUCUCUCUCUCUCGAGCGAGCGAGCGAGCGAGCGAUCGCGAUCGCGAUCUCCCGAACCCUAACCCUAGCGGUGAGAAGGUAACCGUCGUUGUCGUCCCGAUGAGCGGCGACGAGGAGGAGGAGUGGGGGCGGCGGCGGCGGCGGAUCGCCGGAGAUCCGGUGACGGCGGCGCUGUCGGCGGACCUCCUGGCGCUGAUCCUCGACCGCGUGGCGGCGGCGCGCGACCGGAAGGCGUGGCGGCUGGUGAGCCGCGGGUUCCUCCGCGCCGAGGCGCUCCACCGGCGCGCGCUCCGGCCGCUCCGCCGCGACGCGCUCCCCCGCCUCCUCCGCCGCUUCCCCGCGCUCGAGCUCCUCGACCUCUCCGCGUGCCCGGCCCUCGACGACGCCUCCCUCGCCGCCGCCGCGCUCGGAGGGGCGGGGAGGCGGCUCCGAUCCGUGUGCCUGGCGCGCGCCAGCGGGGUCGGGUGGCGGGGGCUGGAGGCCGCCGCCGUCGCCGAUGCCGCCGGGCUCCGGGAGCUGCUCCUCGACAAAUGCCUCGGCGUCACCGACGUCGGCCUCGCCAAGGUCGCCGUCGGCUGCCCCGCCCUCGACCGCCUCUCCGUCAAGUGGUGCCUCGAGAUCUCCGACAUCGGCAUCGACCUCCUCGCCAAGAAGUGCCCCGAUCUCCGCUCCCUCGACAUCUCCUACAUCAAGGUAACCAACGAAUCCCUUCGAUCGAUCUCCUCUCUCAGGAAGCUGGAGGAUUUGGCAAUGGUCGGAUGCUAUUUUAUCGACGACGACGGUAUGCGAAUUCUCAGCAGGGGUUGUAACUCAUUCCAGAGCAUCGAUGUUUCACGUUGUGAGAAUGUGAGUUCAGGCGGUUUAGCUUCGCUGCUCGAAGGACACCAUCUUCUCCGAAGCAUCAAUGCUAGGGACUGUGUUUCCGAGCUAACAUCAUGCUUCCUUUCCAAGCUAAGCGUUAUUAGUAACACAUUGAAUAUACUGAAACUCGACGGGUUCCAACUAUCAGUUUCCGCCCUGAAAAUCAUCGGUAUGAGUUGCAAAAACCUCGUAGAAAUUGGGCUGGGUAAAUGUAAGGGCGUGACCGAUGAAGGCAUCUCUGAGCUCGUAGCAAACUGUGCCGAAUUGAGAACAAUUAAUCUUGUGUGUUGUCAUCUGCUCACGGACGAUGCCCUAUUUUCUAUCGCCAAUAACUGCAAGAAGGUCGAAUGUCUCGGAUUGGAGUCCUGCUCUUUAAUAACUGAAAAAGGCCUGGACCAGCUUACGAUUUGUUGUUCCAGUGUGAAAGAACUGGACCUCACUGAUUGUAAUGUCAAUGAUGCAGGAUUGAAGUGCAUGUCUAGAUGUUCCGAGCUCACAGCACUGAAAUUAGGGCUUUGUGCAAGCAUUUCUGAUGAGGGCCUCGCUUAUAUUGGAUCCAACUGCGAAAAGCUCCAAGAACUUGAUCUCUAUCGCUGCACUGCGGUUACGGAUAAUGGAUUGGCCGCCAUCGCCGCUGGCUGCAAGAGCCUAAAGAGAUUAAACCUUUGUUACUGCACUCAGAUCAGUGAUACCGGGAUGAAGCAUCUUAGUUGCUUAGAGGAGCUAACUGACCUCGAGCUAAGGGGUCUUGUUCGUGUCACGAGCUCAGGUAUCACCUCCCUUGCAAUGGGGUGCAAGAGCCUUGUGAAGUUGGAGUUGAAGCGAUGCUAUUCAGUUGACGAUGCUGGUUUGUGGGCCCUCGCACGGUACUCAGAAAACCUUAGACAACUUACAAUAUCUUACUGCCCAGUAACCGGCCUGGGCCUGUGCAAUUUGCUCGGGACUCUUCGGUGCCUCCAAGACGUGAAGCUGGUGCACCUCUCGUGGGUGUCAAUCGAGGGGUUCGAGCUCGCGUUGCGCGCCUCUUGCGGCCGUCUGAAGAAGCUGAAGCUACUCAGCGGGCUUCAAGAAGUGCUCUCGCCGGAGCUCCUCCAGAUGCUGCAGUCCCGCGGGUGCCGCAUCCGGUGGGUCGACAAGCCUUUAGUCUUCAAGGGCUAGGGUCUUCAUUCCUCCGCCACAACGUAGGUACGACUCGAACGCCGUGAACUCUGACUGUGUGUGUAAAAAUAGAGUAUUUAGGAGUAAAUUUGUGUGAGGGUGUUUAAUUCUAUUGUUUAGCUUUACUGAUCCUAAGGGACCGGUUGAUCUCAAAUGUUCGUUUGCCGUCGAGUUUGUGUACAUUGUAGAUUUAGGCCCUCAAAUAUUUAGCAUAUUUAAGAAUCUACACAAUCUUAUUCUCUCUU